AUGCCUUAUAACACACGCCGGAAGUCGCUCUCUUUGCCUUCCCUGGGCAUACACCUCCCUAAUGCGUCGCGCUCACAUCGUUCGCCGUCUACCUCGAAAUCUCCAGCCACAACCGAAAACCAACCGCCCUCCAAAAAGGUCAAGAGAUCACACGACUCAGAAUCAAAACCUCUUUCAACAAUAUCUGAAGGGAGGAAUGGAAGAGUUGCUGGUCCCUACGGCCACACGCCACCACCGUCCCCGGCAGAUGCCGGAGUCGGCGCAAAGAUCGAUACCGAGGGCAUCAAUGAUGACAUUAUUGUCUCGGUGAUUGAACAACUUGAAAAGACGGGCAAUAGACCUCACCUGAUCAAGGAGCUUGCGACCGUUCUAUCAACUACGAAUACGACAAUCGCAACCUCGGCGAAUGCGGCCGCUUUGAUCUCGUCACGGCUUAGUUUGUAUCUAAAGCGCGUUUGGAGCGCCCUGGCCCCUUGCCCAAUUGCUAAGGAGCAAAUACCGGUCCAUCCGCGAAAGGUCUUCUUCUACCUUACGAAUUCGCCCGCCCAGCCUCUACCGGAGGACUCGAGUGAUAUCAUUUCGCCUCCUGCGACCAUAAAGCAAAUUACACCAAGCUUAUCAAAUGCCAGCGUCGACCUUGAUGGUGAAGAUGAUGCAGAUGAUGCGCUUGAAAGAGGCCGUAUGAGCCCAAGCCCCGAAGUUGAUCUGUCAAGUCCGGCGUUUGAACAUGAAGAGGCUGGGUCGCUGGUAGAGCACUCCACCCCUGGUAGACCACCUACACCUGCGGGAAGUUAUUCUGUGCGCACUCGAAUGCCCGACAGUUUUCGCUUGUCGCAUGGCAGCCGUACAGUCUCACCGCCAUUAGAAGGUGAUGAAAAGGAGUUCACCUUGACCGCAAGUUCAGUUCGAGAGAGGACCUCGGCCGAAGACUUGGUGGCAAAACAGAAUGAUAACCCUGUGCCUGAAGGGAGUAGAGUUGAAGGGGAGGCGCCACGAGACCACGUCAACAUGGACGAUUGCUUCGCUGCCCACGAAGCGCAAUCCCAAGCUCAGGAAUACGCCUACCUGACCGAAGACGGUGUUGAUGCCGCGGAUGUAGAAGUCUUUGGUACAUCACCGUCUCCGUCAGCCUCGUCAGAAUUGUCGUUGUCAUCAGCUUCAAGCACGACUUCUGAAGCUGAGAUCGACGAUUGUUCUGCUACUAAGCCUAUCGCUCCUUUCGACUCAACUCCCAGUAAAAUGGGGGGCGUGUCCGGGUGCAAGCGGUCGCUUGACAUGAUUGAUACGGGAUUCGGCCUUCACCUCGAUUCAGCUUUAGAUUCAUGGCUUGAUCUCCAAAGUCCUGAAGCCGUCGAAAUUCACGAACUGGACGCUAUAUUUGCGGACAUUUAA